AUGUCCCAAGGGUGGAAGUCCUUCAUCACAGCCUCCUUUUCCCUUCCCUCCACAGGAUCGGCCAUCAAAUGCUACACUUGCAACAGCCACCUGGAGCCCGACUGCCUCAAGCUGGAGACCCCGAAGGCCAAAGACUUCCUCACAGACUGCGGCGACGAGGCUGACGGCCACAGGUUCACGCUCUGCCGGAAAAUCGAGAUGGCUAUGGACAUGGACUUCGGUGUUGCCCAUCCGUCAGAGACUCGUGUCCACCGCGCCUGUGGCUGGGAAGAGAACGACGAGGACGGGAAGGAGUGUUACUACAAGAGCGGCUACAACACCCGCUCCUGGGUCUGCGCUUGCAAGGACGACGGCUGCAACUCGGCCAGUCUCCCGGCCGCCACCUUUGUCGUCCUUCCUUUGGCGGCUCUGACUCUGGUUCUCAGGGGGGUUUAUUAGCCACAGGGACCCUAGUGUUUAAUAAUGUUUUCUGUGCUCUGCCUACUCCUCCUGUUCUUCAUCUUUGUUUUGUUUUUGUUUUUUUUUUUUUUCUCUCUGUCUUUUUCGUUCCUGUCUGCUUCGCCGCCGCCUCCUCAGCGACUCGGUUUUUUUUUACCGUUUUCUUUUCUUUUCUUUUUUUGGGUCUAUGGCAUUGCCUUUGGUAUCCAUUGGCAUCCAGCUGUGAUUCAUUCUCUCUCUCUCUCUCUCUCUCUCUCUCUCUCUCUCUCUCUCUCUCUCUCUCUCUCUCU